CAGAAGACGGCAUACGAGAUUAGCCAGAGAUGGGUCCGUAGUAACUAUAAGGCUUUCAACGAGACGCACAGCAUGUAUGAAAAGUACGACGCAACCGUCUCGGGUGGCCACGGUACUGGAGGUGAGUACGAAGUACAACUUGGUUUCGGCUGGUCGAACGGAGUCGUUAUGGUAUUGCUGGAUAAGUAUGGUGACAGGUUGACCGCGGAGGAUUACUUCCUACCGGGCGCGGUGGUCGAGAAUGCGGCGUCACCGCCGGUCGUUUCGACAGCUGGUCAAAUGCUGACCGGGAUUCUAGCUCUCAUCAUAUCGUUAGCGGCAGGAUUUAUAGG